UCCGGAACGACUCCCGAUCUUGCUAGCUAGACUCUCAAAAGGUAACCUCAACUACAGAAAACUGUCUAGCUAAAACAUUCGUUCCGGGUAGGCAGCAGAUAAAAAAGAUCGUAAAUCUGCCUAAACUAAAGCAGUUUGCAAUUUGCAGUCAAUUACACACACUAACUUCAACUAGUUGCGCUAAAUCGGACUGCACUAUUUCUUGUAACUUUUUACGUAUAGCGCACAUAGACCAUAGCGACGGUGGGGAGUGCAACGUUCCGCUAGAAGCCGCGGAGCGCUAGCGGAGUGUUACACAAGUGCAGGCAACCGACAUCAGUGCGAGGCGCAGAGGAGAUCGGCUCGCUAAAUCAAUAGGCACAUUGCUAAUCAAAAAUGGCCGACCAGCUCACAGAGGAACAGAUUGCUGAGUUCAAGGAGGCGUUCUCGCUGUUUGACAAGGAUGGCGAUGGCACCAUCACCACCAAGGAGCUGGGAACAGUCAUGCGUUCCUUGGGCCAGAACCCCACGGAGGCUGAGUUGCAGGACAUGAUCAAUGAGGUGGACGCUGAUGGGAACGGGACGAUUGACUUCCCUGAGUUCUUGACCAUGAUGGCAAGGAAGAUGAAAGACACGGACAGUGAGGAAGAGAUCAGGGAGGCCUUCAGAGUCUUCGACAAGGAUGGCAACGGCUACAUUAGUGCAGCAGAGCUGCGGCAUGUGAUGACCAACUUGGGUGAGAAGCUGACAGAUGAGGAGGUGGACGAGAUGAUCCGGGAGGCUGACAUCGACGGGGACGGACAAGUCAACUACGAAGAAUUUGUACAGAUGAUGACGGCAAAGUGACCCCACACACGGAAAGAACAUUCCAGCACCGGGCUGUGUUCCCAUCAGCAACAUCCAGCAAGCGUUCAGACACUGCUCCAUCAGCAAGCAUUCAGAUCUCCAGUUUUUCUGUUUUUGCAGUCUUUUUGCCUCCUUUCAAGUCCAUCUACUCCACCAGCUUCACUGGAUUGUUGUCAUUUUCUUCUGUCUUUUUUUCUGUGUUUUGCACCUGUUCAUUGAUCCUUCUGUCAAAGUAUAAUAUUUAGAUGCACAGUAAUAAUCAAAGUAUAUUGGACAAAGCAGAAGACCAAACCAAUCAAACAAAAUAAUUUCAAAAGUUAGGAAAAAAAACAAAUGGGUAAGAGACCUGCAUGCUUCUUGCGUUUUACUGAGUUUAAGUGGCUGUUAGUCAGCACCUGUCUGUGCCCUGUUAGCUCUGGUGGGAGGAAAUCCCCCUUUCAGCAGCUGAUGAUCCCACCCCUUCCAUUGUCCUGCCCCCAGCUUUGGCAAUGCAUCCACUCUGAAAGUGCGGGAUGUCCUGCGCUGCAUCUCUGUGAACAGCGCUCCUAUUGGCAACCGUGACUGUAAUGAGAUUCUCCCCUGCACAUCAGGACUGAGCCCUGAAAGGCCACCUGCACUCCUUUACCAUCUGGGGUCAGGCUGGCUUUGUACAGCAAGAUCAAAAAAGUUCCCAGCAUUCCUCCUUGUGUCUUGAGUAGAGGUGUAGCUCAGGCUGACCGAAGUUAAUUACUUGGGAUGUGUACCUAGUCAAAGCAAGCAUAAUAGUUUGUGUAGAUUCAUUUUGUAAGGGUCAAACAGCCAGCCAUUGUUUUGACUCAGUGAAGAAGCUUGAAGAUGUUUCUUUCCUCCUUAAUAAUAUCCUACAAUAUUUCAGAUAGCUUUCAUUUAUCAGUUAAUGCAUGUCAGCACAAUGACGAACUCAUGUAUUUUUAAAUUCAGAUUUGUAGUUGUGAAACUACCAUAUUUUCCAAGGCAAAUUUUAAUGAUAGACCUUAAUAUUAGUUUUGUACUUGUGGGAGUUGCAGACACAUUCCUUGGGUGGUUUGCUGUAUGGACCGUGAAAUGUGCCGUGAGGUUUGGCUGCUGUGUUACAGUGGGCAACUGAGAUCUGCUUGGUUGUGUUACGUUAACCUCCUCCCUUCACCAUCAUAUGGACCUUCUUACUCUCCUUCGCCACCCCUCUGUGUCAUUUCCUGCUGUCGUGAGUCAGCUCUUUGUGAACGAUGGUGGAUCAAUUUUGAUACCUUUCCUUCUCAUGUUAGUGGAGGGGGGUGCUGGAUUUCCACUGCAGUCUCCUGUUGGUUGUCUUGCUUAUUAAAACUCUUGGACCAUGUGUUUCUAAA